CGUGGCCAUGCUGCUGCUGGCGUUGGCCGCCGCCGUCGCCCUGUGGCGCCGCGCGCACCCGCACUCGCGCUGCUUCGCCCGCGGCGCCGCCAAGCCCAGACACGGAUCCUGCAGCCCGUCGCCGCUCAGCCUCAACAAGGGGCUGCUGGAGGCCGAGCGCUACACGCCCAACCCGCAGUACUCCGCGCUAGCGGCGGUGGGCGACGCGCUGCCCGCCCCCGCGCUGCCGCGCGCGCGCCUGCGCCUGCUGAACGAGCUGGGCGAGGGCUGCUUCGGGAAGGUCUUCAAAGGGGAGCUGCUGGCGGCGGAGGGCGGCGGCGUGAUGGAGACUGUGGCGGUGAAGGUGCUGAAGGACGCGGCGAGCGCGGAGGCCGAGCAGGACUUCCUGCGCGAGGUGGAGACCAUGAGCGCCUUCCGCCACCCCAACAUCCUGCGCCUCGUCGGCGUCGUCGAGAGAGCGCGUGCGCCGCCGCCGCUGCCACCUGUUGCAGACGGCGAGUGCCGGCCGUGGAUGGUGUUCGAGUACAUGCCGCACGGGGACCUCGCCGAGGUGCUGCGAAACAACAGCCGCACGCUCUGGCGGCCGAUGCCCGGACUCGCGCCGCUCACGCAGGUGCUGGGCGCGCGGCCGCUGCCCGUGCGCUGGAUGUCGCCCGAGAGCAUCAUGUACGGCCGCUUCACGCUCGAGUCCGACGUCUGGUCGUUCGGCGUCGUCCUCUGGGAGAUCUACAGCCUGGGCCGCCAGCCCUACUACGGCCACUCCAACGAGGAGGUGAUGAAGCUGAUCGUGCAGGGCAUCAUGCUGUCGUGCCCCGAGGGCUGCCCGGCCGCCGUGCGCGAGGUGAUGCGCGCGUGCUGGAAGACGGAGCCGCGCGACCGCCUGCGCUUCCACGAGGUGCACGAGCGACUCGUCAAGGCGGAGGAGGAGGCGGCGGCGGCGGCGGCGACGACGGCGGCGGCGGCGGAGGCGGCGGCGGCGCCGACCACGCCCCCCUCCACCAGCGACGACACCGCCACGCCCGCCAGCGAAAACGCGCUCAGCCCCACAGGAGUCGAGUCGCCGCCGUCGCUGGACGACCCGUGCCGGGCGGCGGGGGCGUCGACGAGCAGUGGUGCGGGCGGGCUGCCGCAGCCGCCGGGGCGCGUGCCGCUGGCGCAGCUGCGCGCCCGCGCCGCCGAGCUGCUCGACGGAGAGAACUACCUGCUGCCGCAGCAGCCGCCCCCGCAGCCGCGCGAGUACCUGCAGCCGCUGCCCGACUGA